AUGUGCACCGUACAAUACGUCUACUACCGAGUCUGCAACCACUUCAAACAAGACGAAUGGGGCGGCGACCUCCCCAUAUUUGUCGAACGCUGUUCCGCAAACUCGAUCCGCGCAUACCAAGCACGCUGUGUUUACAGCAAUCCGCGGAUGGAUCCAGAUCACUACACCACCAACAGAGUGUACGAGAAAUGCGGGAUCUGUACUGAGAAGGAUCGCAGAGUGUAUGAGGAAAGUCUGCCGGCGAGGGAACAGGCACUGCGGGAGCAGGUGAGGAGGAUGCAAUCGCAAAGUUAG